GCCCAGAAGAUGGGUCGACUGACGAGCCAUCUGACUGUGUGCUUCCCACCUGCUGUGCCCUUUUUCAUCCUGGUGUCCACCCUGGCCACUGCCAAGAGUGUGACGAACAGCACUUUAAAUGGCACGAGCGCGGUCUUGGGCUCUGUGCCCGUCAUCAUCGCCAGGACCGACCAUCUCAUCGUCAAGGAGGGGAACAGUGCCUUGAUUAACUGCAGUAUUGCUGGCAUCCCUGACCCGCAGUUCAAGUGGUACAACUCCAUGGGCAAGCUGCUGAAGGAGGAGCCAGAGGCGGAGGACAGGGCAGGAGGGAAGUGGCAGAUGCAUGACAGUGGCCUCCUGAAUAUCACCAAGGUGUCCUUCUCCGACCGAGGCAAGUACACGUGUGUGGCGUCCAACGUCCACGGCUCUGUGAACAACACGGUGACCCUGCGCGUGGUCUUCACCUCAGGGGACAUGGGCGUGUACUACAUGGUCGUGUGCCUGGUGGCCUUCACCGUGGUCAUGGUCCUCAACAUCACGCGCCUGUGCAUGAUGAGCAGCCACCUGAAGAAGACCGAGCAGGCCAUCAACGAGUUCUUCCGCACUGAGGGCGCGGAGAAGCUGCAGAAGGCCUUCGAGAUCGCCAAGCGCAUCCCCAUCAUCACCUCGGCCAAGACCCUGGAGCUGGCCAAGGUCACGCAGUUCAAGACCAUGGAGUUCGCCCGCUACAUCGAGGAGCUGGCCCGCAGCGUGCCCCUGCCUCCGCUCAUCAUGAACUGCAGGACCAUCAUGGAGGAGAUCAUGGAGGUGGUGGGGCUGGAGGAGUCGGGCCAGAACUUCGUGCGGCAUGCCCCCGAGGGCCAGGAGGCUGCCGACCAGGACGAGGUCUACACCAUCCCCAGCUCCCCCCCGCGGAGUGACUCCCCCACCGCCGACUCAGAUGCCUCGUCGCUGCAUGAGCCGCCACAGCAGAUCGCCAUCAAGGUGUCUGUUCACCCGCCAUCCAGGAAGGAGCACGCCGACGACCGGGAGGGCGCGCGGCUAGAGGUCCAGGGGGAGGAGGAGUCCGAGCCGUCGGCCGAGGGUUCCCCAGGGAGCACGGAGCCGUCCACAGACAUCACAUCCACUGAGCUGACGUCGGAGGAGCCCACGCCCGUGGAGGCAGCGGGCCGGGGACUGCCGCCUGCUCUCCCGGAAACCGCAGAGCCUGUGGCGACCCGGGACACAAACACCUGCAUUGUUUACGAAAGCCAUGUCUAA